AUGACGACAUUUGAAAAUCAAUCAAACACAAUUCGUUGUUUCAAGACAAUCGGAGAGUACGCAGGGGAAAAACCAGCAUCAUUGACAUAUAGAGACGAUAUGUUGCAACUUUUAGUCCCAGUGAAUCACACCUUUAUUACAUACAAUGUUACCAGGGGAAUUGUCUACAACUUCCAAUCAGACUUUUUCGAGGAGAAGGUUUUGAGUGUUUUUUCGACUGCUGACACUUACGUUGUUGUAACAAAGCACUUUGUGCACUUCAUCGACUCACAAAAGGCGUUGACUAAAAUGGAAAUUGGUGGCAAGGUGUUUUCUUCAAUACUGAUUGGGGAGUUUUUGUUGGUCACCACGGAGUCUUUCUUGCACAUCAUUUCUGUUUCAUCGAAAAGCGAAGUGAAAAAGUUGAAAAUGCCAUGCGAAUCGCCUAUCUUGUACCAUUCCAAGGAUUAUGUCAACAAAGUUCUCUUAGUUAAAGACACACAGAUCUUCCUUUACAACUUCAACACCGAAAAGACGCUCUUUACUUUCACAUUUUCAGAGAAAAUCACAUCGAUAUGCCAGUCACCAGAUGUAGACAUCCACGCAAUCGCACUGAGGACCGGUGAAGUUGUUUUAUUUGAUUUAAAGAAGAACAAGAAGAUAUUCUCUCUUCAAGUGGCAAGCCAACCGACGAGUAUGUGUUUCUUGACUGGCCUUCCCAACGACGAUUUAUUCUUGUGUGUUGGUGACGUCAGUGGUGUUAUUACAAUUCUUUCUGUCAAGACCUCCGCUCUUGUUGGCAAUUUAUAUCACCACACCAAGGCUGUCCACACCUUGUUCUCAUUACCAAACGAGCUUCACUUUUUCUCCAUUGGCUCAGAUAACGCAAUCAGACUUUUCCGUUGCGAUCCCGACUCCGGUAUUUUAAUGCCAAUGUUGUCCACCCAACUCAAAGGCCAUACACAAACACCAAACAUUUUAAAGCUCUACAGUGAUAACUCCGUGAUCACAGCUGCGCCUGAUGGCUCUGUCAGAGUCUCUUCACUCACUAAUUUCUUCGACAGCACCGAGUUUGGUCAGCGCAUAGGUAACGUGGCUCAAGGGUCGAAGAAAGACAAAUUAGUAAAGACAGUGACAAGCAUUGCGACGAACAGCCGUUACCACUUGUUGAAGGGGACAGUUGCGACAACCCACCUCAACACUCCUUAUGGUCUUUUGUGGAGUGUUCAUAAUAAUGCACUGAUCCGGACCCGUUUUAUCUUCUCCGUUAAAUCUCUCCAUUCCGACAGUGUCAAUCCCGGCCUUUCGAGUGAUGAGUUGACGUUUGGUACGUCUGUCUGUUUUUCGCAUUGUGGGAAUUUUGUUAUUUAUGGGAGUUCGAAUGGAUUGAUUGACAGAUUUAAUGUUGAAUCUGGCAAUGCUGUUUGUUUGUAUAAUCACCAUACCGGGAAAGUGACAGGUGUUGAUUGUGACGUUAACGACCGAUUUGUUGUGUCGUCUUCCAGUGACGGGACGGUUUUGUUGUGGGAGUUUGAAACGGGAAAAGUUCUUGACGUAUUACUCCGAUCUGAAUCUCCAAUCAUCUUUUUUGAGUUCAAGAAGGUGAAUAAUUUGUUGCUUGUUGUCGAUGGACAGAACAUGUUAUACGUUAUUGACGUCACGACACGUCGGGUGAUUCGAAGAUUGCAACUUGAGAAUGACGUGAGUGCGAUUCGUUUUAAUGCUAAAGGCAAUAUGUUAUUUGUUGCGUACACGUGUCAGAUUCUUGAGGUGUAUGACGUGAUCACGAUGAACAAAAUUGAUUAUGUGAAGACGACGUUUGGGAUUACCUCAAUGGACAUAAGUUCAAAUGGACAAUUUCUUGUUGCGACAGCGAAUUUGGGGAAAGAUGUGAAGGUCUUUUUGUUGAGGGAUUUCUUUUCACUAAUAUUGAAAACGGCGAGUUCGGAGCCGAUUCCAGUAAGCUUUAAUAUAGAAAAGAAAAUCAAAAGUUAUAAAGAGUAUUUGUAUGACAAGGAGAUUGAACCGAUGCAGAUUGAGGCGAAGGAAUUGCGAGAGAUUGAAAAGCUUCUUGAAAUGAGUGACGCGAAGACCACGUGGCGAAAUCUUCCCGUACUUGACAAGUUGAGGAAAGAGAACCAGAUUGAGAAAGGCAAAACGGUGGACAUAGAAGAGCUUCCAUUUUUCAUACCUUCUGGAUUCACACAGAGCAGUAAGAUCUUCCAGCCAGUGAAGUUGGAGAAUAAUCUCACCACCCAACCGAUCGUCUUACAGUCGAUACUUGAAGACAAGUUGAUGAAGAAGAAUGACGACGAGACGUUGGAGUAUUUGAAGUCGCUCAAUUCCUCGAAGCUUGACUUUGAGAUUCGCAAUUUGUCGCACAACGAAUUUGCGCUUCUCGACACAUUCUUGGAGUUCUUGAAUCGAAGACUGUUGUCGUACCGCGACUACGAUUUUAUUAUUACAAUGACUCAGGUCACAAUGAGAACACACAUCCAAGAAUUGAUUAACGAAAGACAUAAAGAAGCAGUCAAGUCCAUUUCCAAUACUUUGACCAAAUUGUGGAAGCCUGUCGAUGCUCUUUUCAACACAGACUUCUCUCUGGUCGCCUUCCUCUCGGGAAUUUCUAUUUGA